CAUUCAUUUGAGUAACUCCAGCGCAGACUUCAGCGUCCCCAUUACGCAGGGGAGGGUUUGCCGGGGAAUGUUCUUCAUAGUUCCGUUUGGGUUCAGAAUGUGAUAUAAACGGAACGGCAGGAAAUCCCCGUCUUCAUUCAUCCAUCCAGUUGUUUCAUUGUUAUUGAUACCAAGGACAUUUACAUUUGGAUGUGUCAAGAGUGGCUUUCCGUGUACAGCAUUUCGUGUUUUCUAUCGGACCUUCAGUAGUGAGGUCUUAAGAAGUGAUUUUUUUUUUUCGGUAACUUGGACAUAAAGAGACGUUUCCCCACCGAAGGGGACAGAAAAUCCAGUGGCAUCCUUCACGGAUAUUAACAGAAUUUUAGUCGGAUUUGUUACGCGUGAAAUAAAUUUAGAGAAACCAUGGAAGUUUGCAAGGGACGACUGCUGGGCAUUUCAGUGGCUAUCGCUCACGGGAUUUUCUCGGGAUCACUGAAUAUUCUCCUGAAAUUUCUAAUAACGACUUAUCAUUUCACAUACCUCACCUUGAUUCAGUGCCUGACCAGUGGCACUGCGGCGAUUACACUGGAGGUUUUGAGAAGACUGGGUAAAGUAGAUAUACCCCCUUUUAGCUUUCACUUGGCCAAAGUUUUCGCGAGUGUAUGCAUUUUAUCGACAUUACAAUCUACGCUCACCCUAUGGUCAUUAAGAGGACUGAGUUUGCCUAUGUAUGUUGUUUUUAAACGAUGUCUGCCUCUGGUUACGCUGGGAAUCGGGGUUUGUGUUUUGAGGAAUGGAAUUCCGUCUGUUGGGGUUGUGGUGGCAGUUCUCAUCACAACGGGAGGCGCAGCUUUAGCAGGUGCAGGAGACCUCACAGGUGACCCCUUUGGCUACGUGACUGGUGUUUUAGCUGUAAUUAUCCAUGCCUCCUACCUUGUGCUCAUCCAGAAGACUGGUGCUGAUAGUGAAUACGGGCCCCUAACAGCUCAAUACACCAUCGCUGUAGUGGCCUCCCCUAUCCUGCUAAUUUGCUCCUUUGUGAGCAUGGACGCCAUUGACAUGUGGACAUAUGAGGGCUGGAAGAAUCCCUUCAUCACUGGUAUCUUCUGCUCUUGCAUUUUCAUUGGCUGUGCUAUGAACUUCACCACGCUGCACUGCACCUAUAUCAAUUCAGCAGUGACCACAAGCUUUGUGGGGGUUGUGAAAAGCAUCGCUACCAUUACUGUAGGCAUGUUGGCCUUUAGUGAUGUCGAACCCACCAAACUGUUUGUGGCAGGGGUGGUUGUCAACACUAUUGGCUCCAUUACCUACUGCAUAGUAAAGUACUAUGAGACAAAGAUCAAGCUCAACUACCAGAAUAUGGAUGAAGCAGCCAAGGAUGUUGGACCACCAGGAGAGUCAUAUGUGGAGCCACCUUCCAAACCUGAUGGAGACCUGAACAGUAUUCCCAAUGGCAACCUUACCGGUGUGCUUCAUGCCAAUGGCCUUGAGCCUGAGCAUGAGACCAAAGUUGCAGAGUCUAUAGAAUUAGAAAGAUCAGCAUUUCCAUCAGACAGUGAACCUAAGAAGCAGUCUUUAAGUGAGAAUUAUGUUGGUGUGUGGAGAUCAAUUCGCACCUUAAAGUUCCUCAGAAAAGACACUUUACUUGACAACAUGGAGGUACAGAGUCCUUGAUGAGGGGUCUCCUGUGUAAGAGGUGCAUGCCAGGUUAAAGUAUUGUCAUAGACUGACAGUAUGAACAAGAGAAAUGUUUGCCUUUUGCUCGCUUUUUUAAAAGUGGUUUUAAUGAAAGUAUUUUUUUAAAAAUGUUAGUUUGUUUGUAUAUUGGCUGAAAACUGGCUUUCUUUAAAGAUGUGCUGAUUCAUCAAUUUGUUUCCAGAAUCUUAUGUGGCAACUAACUGAUCCAGACUAAUGAAAAAAUAUAUAUAAUUUAGAAAACAACAAUUUAUUAAUUCUGAUUUCAUGUAAUACAUAUGGUCCAUAUGUAAAGCAGAUAUAAAUCAGGUGAUGUAUUGGACUUGCAUUGGAUCUGAAUUCCUUUUUAUUUUUACGAUUCUGUUGCAUGUAGUGUCUAUUUCAAGAUUUUUCCUGUUUAAAAUGUGAUAUCAAAAAAUUCAUUGUCAUUUGAAUGUAAAGUUGUGCAAAGUAAUAAAACAUUUUCAAUGGAGAAGCUGGAGUGGCUCAUGUCAGCUUUAAUUGUAUGCUCUUGGCAUAAGAUACUGAUAAACUAUCCUGGGUUGCCCUGUCACUGAUAAAUACUUUUUAUUUGCCAAUAGAUGAUAGUGAUACGGUUUACAUAACAGGGAAACGAUGCACUUUAAAAGAUCCACCCUGGGGCGAAAAAGACAUUAAGUUAUGCUUUAUUUUGAAGUCAGUAUCAUUACUGCAUGUAUUACCUCAGUUUGCACAGCUGAGGGGUUCCAGCCAACAAACACUAGAAAAUUACGUCUGUCUGGGACCAUGAGCACUGCAAGCCUUUCCAAAAUGACAAACCUCUCUCUGUAGAAAUGUAAAAUGUUCUGUGCAAAGGCAUGUCUUCAUGAUUAAAUGUGUGUUUAUCUGAAUGUCAA